AUGAACAAAUCUUCAUCAAAUAUCGAGGACGGUAGGAGUUUGGAGACGAUAAAUGAUAUAAAUGGCAUAUCUUCGGUUCAGACGAAGAAAGAAAAGGCCGAUGAAACAGAUGUCAGUAGAAAUUUUAUGGCUACAGACAAGAUGAAUGUGAUAGAAUCACACCAGACGGAUUCCUCAGCAACUACUUCUGACAUCGAGAAAGGUACAACCGGUAAGUUCAGGGAGUCUGAUGCGGGAGACGGGACACAUAGAGGAGAUCAGAUAAUUACAAGCAAAAAAAAGCUAGCUAUGUGCUCGUUUGCACUCUGCUUAUGUAUGUUCUUGAUUUCCUUAGACCAGAUGAUCACGACGACAGUUUUAACAACGGUGUCAGAUCAUUUCGGAGAGUUUGACAAACUGACGUGGAUUACUGCUGCCUACGUUAUGGCAAUGGGUUGUUUUGCCCAAUUCUGGGGCCGUGUUUCAAUUAACUUCGGACGAAAGUGGGUGCUUGUGGUUGGAAUGGCCAUCUUCGAGAUUGGAUCGUUGAUUUGUGCACUAGCCACAUCCAUGAAUAUGCUUAUUGCUGGUAGAGCUGUGCAGGGUGUGGGCAGCUCCUGCAUCGAAAGUCUCGUCAUGAUUAUUGCAUCAGAGAUCUGUAGUAUUUCUGAUCGUCCACUGCUCUUAGCAACCAUGGGCAUAACAUUUGUCGGAUCCUCUGUACUUGGUCCACUCCUUGGUGGUGUCUUCAGCAUUUAUCUUUCCUGGCGCUGGUGCUUCUACUUCAACUUAUGCUGUGCUGUAAUCAUUCUUCCACUCUUUAUUUUUACUUACCAUCCAAAACCACCCACCACCACAUUUCAUGAACGCCUCAGAACCAUUGACUUUCUAGACAAUUUUCUCCUCAUUGCAUCCUUCUUUCUCCUUCUCCUCGCCGUCUCACUCGGUCAGACCGAGCCUUCCUGGGGUAGCACAUCUGUUAUAUGCUGUUUUGCAGUUGGUGUUCCCCUACUCGUGGCAUUUUGCAUCUGGAAUUUCCGUUACUCGUCCCAUCCUACCAUCCCCCAAAAUGUGUUCUGUAACCGACAAAUUCUCAUCUGCCUGGGCAUCUUUAUUGCCGGUUUCAGUUGCCUCAUGGUGGCCAUGCAGUUCCUCAGUGUUUAUCUACAGAAUGUUAUCGGUCAUAAUGCAUUCCAUACGGGACUCUCCUUAUUACCCCUUGCACUUUCCUCAUGUUUUGCAGCCAUGUUCUCUGCUGGACUUACUCACCGUUUCUCCCACAUCAAGAUCUUUGCACUUAUCUCAGGUAUUCUUCUCCCCAUCUCUUUGGCGCUUUUCACAUUGCUCCAACCCGUGGAACAUCUAGGCACCAGUAUAGGUCUCCAGAUAUUUCUCGGUAUAGCCGCUGGUGUCAACUUCCAAGCACCAAUGCUCACCGCUUUGCUUUUUGCUCCAAAAGAUCCAGGAUCUACUAUCCUUACCACAGCUAUGAUGAAUUUUGCUCGCAGCAUUGGUAUUGCCUUCUGUUCCAACAUCGCGGGUGACAUCUACACGGCCUCACUCAAGCAUGACCUAAGGAAGAUUGCCUCGCUGCUUGAUGACUCAUCCUUUCAAAUUACUUCUAUUUUAUCUAAUGCUGAGGUACUUAAAACUCUCACACAACAUGACCAGAACCUUAUUAAGACAAAGAUGACUGCUGCUAUUCACAACAUCUUUUGGAUGGCUUUUGGCAUUUCCGUUUUCUCUAUGUUCCUCACAUUCUUCAUGUCCAAUAGAAAAUUACCUAAGACAGACGAAAUUGAAGAGUCUCAGCGUUAG